AUGUCCGAAAAUUCAGGAAAUAAUGUGAAGACAAUUGAUGAAGUGCUGCAUGACUACAAGGAAGAAUACAAACGAGAGGUUGUUCGAAGUAAUCGUGUCUUAUCGAAGAAAAAAAGUAUGUUAAUGAAAAUAAUUCUCUCGCUCACUGCCGACCAAAAGUACGACCUGUUCAAAACAUCUCAAGACCUACACUACGAUCGAAUUCUACAAAGACCAACACUGAGAAAGGGGUCAUGGGAAGAUGUACUUUUCAGAGGAAGCAUCAUGAAGGCAAAGAAGUUAUCGAAGGAUAAUAAACCACGUAACAUGAACAUUUAG